AUGGGUAAUUGUGUUCAACAACAACAACAACAACAGCAACAAUCUCAACAAACAACAAAUUUAACAUCAUCAUCAUCAUUUGAUAAUAUUUCACGUACAUUUCGUCGAAAUUUAUUAUCAAAUCGUUUUCGAACAAUACGUACAUUUCAACCAUAUAAUUUAAAUGCACUUAUUGAUGAAACACUUUCAAUUAUUCGAACUGUUGUUGAUACAGAUCAAGAACCACCACAUGCUAUGAUUGUUGUAUCACGUAUAGCUAAUCGUGAAGAUCGAUGGUUAGAUGUUAUGAUUGCAUUAAUUGAACGUAUACCAAUACAUGAUCCAUUAGGUGCAACUGUUAUUGCAUUAUUACUUGAUGAAUGUUCAUUACCAUCAAAAGAAUUAUUACAACAAUUAAUAAAACGUAUAUGUUCAGAUAAUCGUUCAAGAAUAAUAUUACUUGAAUCAAUUAUUGAUGAAUAUAUUAAAGAAAAUAAUCAACAACAAUUACAAAAAUCAAUUAUUGAAACACAUAUUAAUAAAGAUGACAAUAAAAAUGAUAUUAAUGAAUCAAUACCAAUUAUAAUAAAACAAACAUAUGAUAUUGUUGAUGAACAUGAACAUGAAAAACCUAACAAGAUAUCAUCAUCAAUUUCAAAUCUUUGUUCAUCAAAACGUUCAACAUCUACAAUAAAAACAAAUAAUACUUCUAAUAUACAAAAUCAACGAAAACUUGAUAAUGUUUUACAUCGUGAACGUAAUACAUUAGUUGUACUUGGUUGUCUAGCUGAAAAACUCGUUGGUCCAACAAGUGCAUCAAUGUUAAAUACAAUAGCACUUGAAUUUAUUAUUGAUCGAGUUUAUUUAGGUAUAUAUAAUUAUAGUCAAUUAAUAUCAUUAGAUUUUGAUGAUAUAAAUUAUUUAUCAAAUUAUUCAUCUGUAUUAAAAAUAAUAUUAUUUGCAUUAAUUGCAAUUGAAAAAUUUUCUCAUUCAUUAGAAUCAAAACAUAUUCUAUUACAAUCAUUAACAAUUCAAAAUGAACAAUCAAAAAUGAAUGUUUUAGAAUAUUAUGAACCAUGGGCUAUAUCAAAUAAUUGUCUUAAAAGACAAAUUGGUUUUUAUGCUCAAUGGUUACUUGAUAAUGUAUUUAUUCUUGAUUAUCGUCGACCAUCAUAUGAAGUAAUUGAUCAUAAUUAUAUAAAUGUUAUGCUUAAUGAUAAAGAUGUUAGUGAAUAUUUAAAAAUUGGUCCUGAUGGUCUUGAAGCACGUAGCGAUACAGUUUCAUUUGAAAGUGUUCGAUGUACAUUUCAUGUUAAUACAGGUGUUUGGUAUUAUGAAGUACUUAUUGUAACUGAUGGUGUUAUGCAAAUUGGAUGGGCAACAAAACAAUCAAAAUUUUUGAAUCAUGAAGGUUAUGGUAUUGGUGAUGAUCAGUAUUCUAUAGCAUACGAUGGUUGUAGAAAUUUAAUAUGGUUUGGAGCUAAAUCUAUACCACAUAAUAAUCCAGCUUGGAAACCUGGUGAUAUUGUUGGUUGUUUAAUUGAUUUUGAUCGACGUGAAGUUAUAUUUUCAUUAAAUGGUCGUUCACUUGAUCCAUUACGUAAAUUAUUUUCGUCAACAUCUGCUCCUAUAACUGAUGGUUAUUUUGCAGCUGCAAGUUUUAUGUCAUAUCAACAUUGUCGUUUCAAUUUUGGUUCAAUACCAUUUCGUUAUCCUCCAACAACAGUUCAAUCAUAUAAGACAUUUAAUGAAUAUGGUUAUUUAUCUGAUGAUGAAAAACUUAUUUUACCAAAAUAUAAAAAAUUAGAAUUAUUACGUUCAAUUAAAAUAAGUGAACAAGAUUGUAUAUUAUGUGUUGAUGAUAAAGCUAAUAUAAUGUUUAAACCAUGUCAACAUACUGGUUUUUGUGAACAAUGUGCAUUAAAAUUAGAUCUAUGUCCUAUAUGUCGAUCAGAAGUUCAAGAACGAUCUAUAAUAACAGAUUAA